AAAAGAGGGAUUUGAUAGAAUGUUUUUCUUUCUUUUUUAUUUUAUCUAAUUUCUAUUGUUUUUUCUCUCUCUCUGUUUGUUUGGCGCAAAAGAUUUUCUGUUUUCCACAGCUCUCGAAGCUCGUCGUCGAUCUGUUCUUCACGUUUGUCGAUUCUUUUGUCUCACGAUUUUCCCGCGCCUCCCGAUUGUUUGUUCUCUCGGUUAAUUUCGGAAGGAGAAGAUUUGAGGAGUUGGAAAAGAGGGAAAGAAGUUUUGCGACGUAGGAGCAUCGAUAGCCCCGAGAAAAGGAGAGACGUCUAGGGUUUGAGAGAAGUUGGAGAAUUCGGAGGAAAUUGUGGAGACUUCCAUGGGCGAUGGAGUUGCGUGCAUGCCUUUUCAGCAGCAUCAACAUCAGCAUAUCAUGGAGAUGUUUCCAGUUACAGAAAAAUCGCUUUGUCCCAACAAUGAGCUCACUUCAAAGCCUGUUAAUAUCAAAGACAACGCGGAGCAACAACAGCAGCAGCAGAAGCAACAUGAACCACAACAGCAGCAGAAGCAACCGGAACCACAACAGAAGCUGCCGCGAAAGAAGAAAAAACUCGUUAAUGUUAAGAAAGGUGUGGCUAAGAAGAAGGUGGGAUCGACAGCAGCAGCAGCAUCAAAAAAGAGUGAUUUGGUAGUUAAAGCAAAGAGUGAAGCGGCACUGAAAAACAGUAAAGAGAUUGAUGAAGGUGAGAAUUAUGGGCAGAAGGAGGAAGUGGAAGAAGGUGAAUUAGGGACUUUGAAAUGGCCGGGAGAAGGGGAGAAUGUGGAGGUUGGGACUGACUUGUCAAAAAGUGGGGAAAUUGAGAAGGGAGAGAUUGUUAGUGAUAACUGUAGGAAGGCAGAAGUAGUCAAGGAAGAUGUUGUUUCUGAGGUGAAAGCGGAGCCAGAGAAAGGGGAAACUGUAUCUAAGAAAAAAGGGGGGCUGAUGAAUGGAGGGAUUGUUACAGGUAAAUGGAGAAAAGGGGAUGUGGGGGAAGGAGACAUGGUUAUGGAAAAAGGAAGGAAAGGAGAACCUGAAAAGGGGGAAUUUGGGUCAUGGAGAUGUGCCAAAGAUGACCUAGAGAAAGGAGAAUUCAUUCCUGAUAGAUGGCAUAAGGGGGACUUAAUGAAAGAUGAGUACAGUUACAGUAAAUAUAGGAAGUAUGAGUUCGGAAAGGACAGGAGCUCGAAAUAUGAAAUUGAACGUACACCACCUUCCGGAAAGUACUUAGUUGAUGAUCUUUAUCACAGGAAGGAAUUCGGUAGAAGUACUGUGCAUACCAAAAGUUCUUCCAGAUGUGAAACUAGCCUGGAAAAGACUUCUAGAAUCAGUUCAAAGAUUGUGGAUGAGGAAGGCUUGUAUAAGAAUGAGUACAGCAAUGGUAAGAACCAGGGGCGAGAGUACCCUUCUUCUGGUAACAGGUUGAAGCGGCAUGGUACUGAUUUAGAUAGUAGUGACCGCAAACAUUAUGGAGAUUAUGGGGACUAUGCAAGUUCAAAAUGCGAGAAGCUCUCCUAUGAUUAUGGUCGGUCCCACCCAGAGCUCUAUUCACGCCGCUCUGUUGAGAAGUUCUAUAAAAAUUCUUCUUCAUCAAAAAUGUCUUCAUUGGAGAAGUACUCUUCAAGACAUCGUGAAUCCUCGUUGUCAUCUAGGGUUGUUUAUGAUAAGCGUGGGAGUAGUCCGGCACAUUCUGAGCGGUCCCCACAUGAUAGGAUCAGGAAUUAUGAUCAUAGGGACCGGAGCCCAAUUCGACGUGAGAGAUCCCCAUGGGACAGAUCCCCAUAUGCCUGUGAGAGAUCCCCAUAUACCCUUGAGAAAUCCCCAUAUGCUCGUGAUAGAUCCCUGUAUGCUCAUGAGAGAUCCCCAUAUGAUCGAAGCCGUCACUAUGAUCAUAGAAACAGAAGUCCUAUUAAUGCAGGGUGGUCCCCAGAGGAUCGAGCUAGAUUUCAUGAUCGCAGAGACCGGACCCGCUAUAUGGAACAGUCUCCCCAUGAUAGGAAUAAGACCAAAAAUCGAAGAGACAAUAAAAAAGAUGUCUCAAAUGAGAAGCGUGGCUCAGAAUAUGGUUCUAAAGGGCAAGAAGAUAAAGUCAGCCGGAGGGAUCAUACUGGAAGAGACUCACAUUCCUCAGCUAAGGAUUCUCAAGAUAGGUCCAGUGUGCUCAAUUUAAAUGAAUCAGAUGAAAAAAAUAGCGUGUGUGAGUCCAAUAAAAAAGAUCAAUCCCUAAGUCCCAGUGUAAAUCGCCAAGAACCUCCUCUUAUUAAUGGGGCGCCUCCUGAAGAGCUGCAAUCAAUGGAAAAAGAUAUGGACAUAUGUGACACACCACCUCACAUUCCUGUGGUGGCCGAGUCAGCCGUUGGUAAAUGGAUUUAUCUUGAUGCUUUUGGUAUUGAACGUAGGCCUUCAAAAUUAUGUGACCUUAAGGAACUUGUGGAAGAAGAGGUUCUUUUCUCUGAUCAUUUAAUCAAGCAUUUGGAUAGUGAUAGGUGGGUGACCGUUGAAAGUAGUGUUCUUGAAGAGCUUCUCAUUUCCAGUUCCAUAGCUUCUCCCACAAAAGCUCGAGUGAAAGAGAGACCUUCUUCAAGAUCUGUCCGAUCACACUUUACAACUGGUGAUAUCAAGAAAUUAUCUGCAGAAAGUGAUUCAUUAUCAAAAGCUGUUAAUGACCAACGCUUGAAAGGAUCGUGGAAGUUGUUUGCAUCCAUUAAUACUCCUAAAGACCAUGUUUGUACUGUAGAUGAGUUGCAGUUACACUUGGGUGAGUGGUUCUACCUUGAUGGUGCUGGGCAUGAAAGGGGACCUUCAUCAUUUUCUGAACUUCAGGUUUUGGUAGAUCAAGGAGUUAUCCCAAAAUAUAGCAGCGCAUUUCGUAAAUAUGAUCAAGUUUGGGUUCCAAUCACCUUGGCUGCUGGAAGUCUUGAAGCCACUGCAUGGAAUCAGCCUGAGAAUGCUGCACCAUCUUCUGAUUCUUCUGGAACUCUACUUUUAGAUUCACAAGGUGUCACUGUUAGUGAUAAUAAUGCAAGUUCCAGUUCAUUUUACAGGCUACAUCCCCAAUUCAUUGGAUAUACCUGUGGGAAGCUUCAUGAAUUGCUAAUGAAAUCGUUUAAGAGUCGGGAAUUUGCUGCAGCCAUAAAUGAGGUUUUAGACCAAUGGAUUAGUGCAAAACAGCCAAAGAAAUAAAUGGACAAGCAUUUUUAUCAGAAAACAGAUAGUGGAAAACGAGCACGGAUUUUGGUUAAUGGAAGCGAAGAAGAGUAUGACAUUGAAGAUGAGUUGCAGUCAAUCCGAAAGGGUGAGGUUGAAUUUGAAGAUUUAUGUGGUGAUGCAACCUUCCAUGACCAGGAGAAUGCUUGUUCCAUCAGUGAGAUGGGGAGCUGGGGCUUGUUGGAUGGUCGAGUCUUCCAUUUCUUGAGAUCUGACAUAAAGUCCCUUGCCUUUGCUUCUUUGACUUGUAAACACUGGAGAAGUGCUGUCAGGUUUUACAAGGGGAUUGAAAGGCAGGUUGACUUGUCAUCUCUUGGUCCUAGUUGCAGUAACUCUAUAGUGAAGAAAAUCAUGAAUCGUUAUGACAAAGAGAAGAUAAAUUCCAUGAUUCUAGUUUGUUGCACAAGCAUAAGUCCAAGCACACUUGAAGAUGUUCUUUGUGUUUUUCCUAGUUUAUCUUAUCUAGAUAUUAGAGGUUGCGGCCAGUUUGAGGAAUUGGUGGUCAAAUUUCCCAAUUUGAAGUGGUUCAAGAGUAGAAGUUUGCAUGCUAUGACGACAUUGGAUGAUUCUAACUCCAAAAUAAGGAACCUGAAACAAAUUACUGAGAAAACUUCAUCUGGCCUUAAAACAGGCCUGGGGAAUGCUAUAGAUGAUUUUGGUGAAUUGAAGAGCUAUUUUGAAAGUGUUGACAGAAGAGACUCUGCAAAUCAAUUAUUUCGCCAGAGUUUGUAUAGGCAUUCAAAGUUAUUUGAUGCCAGGAAGUCGUCCUCCAUUUUAUCCAGGGAAGCUCGUAUCAGGAGAUGGGCCAUUAAAAAAUCUGAAAAUGGGUACAAGCGAAUGGAGGAACUCCUUGCUUCUAGUAUAUGGGAUAUCAUGAAGGAGAAUAUAUCUGAUUUUUUUGUGCCCAAGGUUGCACAAAUUGAGGAAAAAAUGAAAAAUGGUUAUUACAUUGGACAUGAUCUGGGUUUUGUUAAAGAGGACAUCAGCCGGAUGUGCAGGGAUGCAAUAAAAGCAAAGAAUUGUGGUGGUGCUCGAGACAUGAAUCGCAUAAUUACUUUAUUUAUCCAGCUUGCCACACGUUUAGAAGAGGGUGCUAAGAUUACCUCCUCUUAUGAAAGAGACGAAUUGCUAAAGUCUUGGAAAGAUGACUCAUCGACUGGGUUCUCAAGGUACAAGAAGAAACUUGUUAAGGCAGUCACUGAAAGGAAGUACAUGAACAAAAGCAAUGGCACUUCAUUUUCUGAUGGUGUUUUUGAUCAUGGGGAAUAUGCAUCUGAUAGAGAAAUUAGAAAGCGGUUGUCCAAACUUAAUAGGAGAUCUCUUGACUCAGAAAGUGAAACAUCUGAUGAACUGGAUCACUCCUCUGAGGAUGGAAAAAGUGAGAGUGAGACUGAAAGUACAGCUUCAGAUACAGAGAGUGACUUGGAUUUCAAGCCUGAAAGUCGGUCUGUAGAGUCGAGAGGGUAUGGAUACUUCAUGGCUGGAGAUAGUUUCGAUUCUAUGGCUGAUGAUCGUGAAUGGGGUGCUCGCAUGACCAAAGCCAGUUUGGUUCCAUCUGUCACUAGGAAAUAUGAUGUCAUUGAUCAGUAUGUUGUCGUAGCUGAUGAGGAGGAUGUGCGGCGUAAGAUGCAGGUAUCGUUGCCAGAGGACUAUGAUGAGAAGCUGAAUGCUCAGAAAACUGGCACUGAGGAGUUGGAUAUGGAACUUCCUGAAGUCAAAGAUUAUAAACCCAGAAAAGAGCUUGGAGACGAAGUUAUAGAGCAAGAAGUUUAUGGAAUUGAUCCUUAUACUCACAAUCUUUUACUUGAUUCCAUGUCGGGCGAGUUGGAAUGGCCUUUAGAGGAUAAGCGAUCUUUUAUCAAAGAUGUUCUCCUUCGAACUCUGAAUAAGCAAGUUAGACACUUCACAUGCACUGGGAACACUCCAAUGAUGUACCCCUUGAAGUCUGUUGUAGAAGAAAUCAAAAGAGUUGCUGAGGUGGACUGUGAUAAACAAACAAUGAAAAUGUGUCUAGGUAUACUGAAAGCCAUUGAUGCUCGUCCUGAUGAUAAAUAUGUUGCUUACCGAAAGGGUCUGGCUGUUCUUUGCAACAAGGAAGGUGGUUUUAGAGAAGAAGAUUUUGUUGUAGAGUUUUUGGGAGAGGUUUAUCCUGUUUGGAAAUGGUUUGAGAAGCAAGAUGGUAUACGGAUAUUGCAGAAUAACAGCAAGGAUCCAGCUCCUGAGUUUUACAACAUCUACCUUGAGAGGCCAAAGGGUGAUGCUGCUGGAUACGAUUUAGUUGUUGUUGAUGCCAUGCACAAGGCAAAUUAUGUGAGUCGAAUUUGUCAUUCUUGUCACCCUAAUUGUGAAGCCAAAGUUACUGCUGUAGAUGGUCAGUACCAAAUUGGAAUCUAUGCUCUACGUCCAAUACGGUAUGGCGAGGAGAUUACAUUUGAUUAUAACUCCGUUACAGAGAGCAAGGAAGAAUAUGAAGCAUCUGUCUGUCUCUGUUGUAGUCAAGUUUGCCGUGGCAGCUACUUGAAUUUGACCAGUGAAGGUGCAUUUCAGAAGGUACUGAAGGAGUGGCAUGGCAUACUGGAUCGACAACAGCUAAUGCUGGAAGCUUGUGAACUAAAUUCUGUAUCCGAAGAAGAUUACCUUGAGCUAGGGAGGGCUGGCCUAGGCAGCUGUUUACUGGGUGGAUUGCCUGAUUGGUUGGUUGCAUACUCAGCUCAAGUGGUGAGGUUUAUAAAUUUUGAGAGAACAAAGCUCCCUGAGCAAAUUUUAAGGCAUAAUUUGGAAGAGAAGCGGAAAUACUGUAUAGAUAUAUCUCUUGAUGCAGAGAGGAACGAUGCUGAGAUUCAGGUUGAGGGCGUCUAUAACCAGAGGCUUCAGAAUUUGGCUAUAACUCUUGACAAGGUGAGGUAUGUAAUGAGAUGCGUGUUUGGUGACCCCAAAAAGGCUCCACCUCCCCUAGAGAGGCUCAGUCCUGAAGAAGCUGUAUCCUUUCUCUGGAAAGGCGAGGGGUCACUUGUUGAGGAGCUUCUUCAGUGCAUGGCUCCUCAUGUGGAAGAUGAUAUACUCAAUGAUUUGAGGUCCAAGAUUCAAUCCCGUGAUUCAUCAUGGUCUGACAACAUUCUUAAAGAACUUCAGAGAUCUUUGUUAUGGUUGAGGGAUGAGGUUCGGAAUCUUCCGUGCACAUAUAAGUGCCGGCAUGAUGCCGCUGCUGACUUGAUCCAUAUUUAUGCUUACACAAAGUGCUUCAUAAGAGUUCGGGAAUACAAAGCAGUAACAUCUCCCCCCGUCUACAUUAGUCCUCUUGACUUGAGCCCCAAGUACUCCGACAAGUUCACAGGUCUGCAGGAAUAUUGCAAGACAUAUGGUGAAAACUAUGGUUUGGGGCAGCUGAUAUUUUGGUAUAACCAGACCAGAGUCGAUCCAGAUAGCAGCCUGUUUAGAGUAAGUAGGGGUUGAUUGUCAUUACCUGACAUUGGUUGCUUCUAUUCCAAGGUUCAGAAGCCAUCAAAGCAUCUUGUUUAUGGCCCAAAGACUCUCAAAUUUAUGCUGUCCUGUAUGGAGAAGCAACCCCAGAGACCGUGGCCCAAGGACAGAAUAUGGACAUUCAAAACUAGUCCGAAAAUCUUUGGCAGUCCGAUGCUAGAUGCAGUCUUAAAUAAUAGUUCACCGGACAGAGAGAUGAUGCAAUGGUUGAAGCAUAGACCAGCAAAAUUCCAUGCAAUGUGGGAUCGAUGAGACAAUUUGCUGAAGGGGUUUUGAGUUUUAGUGGGGGAAGUAGUUAGUAUUAUUAUUAUUAGCCAAUACGUUUGUAAAUGUUUUUGGAAUGAUUCGUCAAUUUUAGCUUGGCAGCUACCCUUUCCCCUUUAGAGUGGUAGUUUGGGCAAUCAUUCCAAAACACCAUUUCUUGUGCCCUUUUUUUCCAUAUCAUUCUUAUGUACAGUUUUCAUCUUUGUAUUUUGUAAUUCUUUUCGUUUAGCAGGGCCUUUGUUUCCUUAUUAUAAAGAAAAGUGUUCCGUUUGUGUUGUC